AUGAUAUACAGCAAUGGCUUCGUCGGCACCUGUGGCACGGAGGUCGUCUCGGUGGGCGCGAUCUGGACGCGGAUCAAGGCAGAGGACGAGGACUCGGACGACCCCGCCGGCCAGAGUGACGCCGGAUCCGCCCAGCCGAUGAUGCCGCGCUCGAAGCGCAAGCGCGACUCCGCUGACCCCGCCGCGGGCCCGGGCGACGCGCGCCUGGCCGACCCGUACCUGCUGCAGGCGCCGCCCUGCCGCCUCUCAGACCACCACAAGAAGCGCGGCAGGGCCGCCUCGGCGCUGCGCAACUGCGCGGACAACCCCAACUGCCUCUACGGCCUGGGCGAGCGCCUCAAGGGCGUCUGGCGGCGCGAGAGCCUGCUGCUGCGCGUGUUCGGGCCCGACCCGCGGGCUCGGCGGCGCGGGUCGGGUCGCGCGGGCCGGCCCAUGCCCUGCGGAUUACGCAAUCUCGGGGCCACCUGCUACCUGAACAGCAUGUUGCAGUGCCUGUUCGUCAACCUGCCCUUCCGCCGCGCCGUGUACGGGUGGGAGCCCAAGCAGCCGCUGACGGACGAGGAGCAGGCGCGGACCAUGCGCGCGCUGCAGAAGCUCUUCGCCCAGAUGCAGCUGGGCAACGAGAGCUACUACGACCCCUCGGAGUUCGCCUCCACGCUGUCAUUGAACAAUGUCAUGCAGCAAGAUGCGCAGGAGUUUAGCAAGUUGUUGUUGACGCAUUUGCGGGCGAUUUUUGGGCAGUCGCGGAUUUCGAGCCAUUGGGACUUGGUGGAUCGGAUUUUUCAGGGCCAGAUGAGCUACGUGACCAAGUGUCUGCGAUGCAAGAACAAGUCGAUGCGGCCGUCGUCGUACUAUGAGAUCUCGCUGAACAUUAAGGGGCACAAGAGCGUGGAGGACUGCAUUGGAUCCUAUCUGUCGGCGGAGGUGCUGGAAGGAGAGAACAAGUAUUUUUGCGAGCACUGCGAUUCUAAACAAUGUGCUGAGAGGUUCCUGGAGCUCAAGCCGCGCGCGCUGCCGCCCACGCUAAUGGUGCAGCUGCUGCGUUUCGUGUACGAUGCCAAUGCCGGGAGGAAAAAGAAGUUGACGGAUAUGAUUGAGAUCAAUGAGACGUUGAAUAUGACCGAGUUGCUCCGUCGUAGUGGCCACGCCGAAGCAUUUGAUGACUCAGCUGGUGACGCUAUUUACCGAUUACAAGGAUACCUGAAUCACCGUGGGAAAAGUGCGCACGUAGGGCACUACACGGCUUCCGUAGCGUACCCUCAUGAAGACGAAGGAGACGGUCCGGCAGUGGACUGGUUUGAAUUUGAUGAUGCGGUGGUGAGCGACACAACCAAGACAGACGCAGCAAAAGAGCGCAGCCAUGGUAAGAAAAUCCGCUCACGCGAUAUUUACAUGCUCCUAUAUGUUCGUGACGAUUCUGCAAGUGGCAGCAGCUUCAAUUCUUCCAACAACGGAAAUGCGAUGGAGGUACCCCAGCCCUCGGAUGCAUGUCGAGAUGAAGUGGAGGCGAUGAAGACCGCAUUUGACGCUGAAGUCGAAGAGUACGUAAGCAAGUCGAGUGGCAUGGAAGCUCGCAUCACGAAGCGCCUUGACGUCUACAAGCGCUUCUUUGAGAAAAGCCAGCCGUAUCCUGACCCAGCUGCUACUCAUUUCUACUGGGUGGACACUGAGUGGCUACGUCGCUGGGUGACGGGCGAAGAGAAUGACAGUUCAAUCAAGACAAAUGGAAAGGAGCAGGAGCAAGGCAAGCUUGAUCCAGGAGGCCAAUCGAGCGAUCGUAAUGAAGAUGGCGACGAUGACUGUUUGAUAAUUGAUUCACCAGAGGUAAAAUCGGUGGUAAAGAACGAGAAGUCUGGCGAGAAUGGAGAUUCUGCGACGGAAAGUGAAGGCUCUGGUGACGGUGAGGCCAGCCGCGUUCAUGACGAUGUGGAAAUUAUUGGCGAGACGCCUCCAUCUGCUUCGCCUCUUUCUUCUCCCACUGAAGCCCCCAUUGAUGUCGACAUGGUUGAUGCACCGCUGCGCGAUGAUGAAAUUCCCUUCACGAAGUCUGUCGAUGUAACGCUGUUUUGCUGUCCUCAUUCUGGCAAUGGAGGCCAGUCGGUCCUCCGCUUUGCGCCCGAAAAUGCGCCCAGACUAAAGCGCAUAUCUGCGAAGCUGUUUGCAUGUCUUCAAGAAGACUGCGGAAUAGACCGAGCCACGCCAAUGAGAGCGUUCGAAGCGCCCACGUACCGUUGCACUACCUGCGAAAAGGCAUAUCGUAACAAACUUCUGAAUGAUGUGGAUCGCCUGAAAGAAGUGAACGAGGAGCUGGAGCUCUUGAAAGGAUCCCCUGCCAGUAUAGCGGCUGCUGUUGCUGAAGGAGGGACGUACCUAAUAAGCCGCGCUUGGGUUAAAAGCUACAAAGCUCACCUCCAGGCAUUACACAAAGAGCUGACUCAUGCCGCUUCUAAGAGCAAGAAAGGGAGGAAAUCUCUCACCCAACAGGAAGUCAACGAGUUUUUUGCGACUUCCAACAACGAGGAGCUCGACGUGUGGCAAAAACCAAUUAACGAGGACAUUACGUGCGUGCACGGGAACCUCACGCUAGAGAAGCGGACAUAUCGUCCCGUAUCUGCAGAGACGUGGUCGUACUUCAGUACUAAGUUUCCUAUUCGGGCUGAGUACGCUGAAGCUGCAGCCGACACGUGCCCGCAAUGCCAGGUGGACGAUAUGGCCAGCAAAGAGUGCAUCCAGGUGGAGCGUGACGUGCGUGACGAAGUUCUCUCAGCCCCUGCGCUUGACGCUUUGUAUAGACGGAAGCCAAGGGGCGAAUCCAUUCGGCUUAUUGAUAGAUUCGAGCUGCCUGCUGCACACCGCGGCAGUGGGCUAGAGAAGGCGUCGUUCUGGACUAAACGAGAUGCAGUGAAGCUCCCCCGACGAAUGUUUUUGGUGUCCCGCCAGUGGUUGGCUCAGUGGAGGGAGUACAUCCGCAACGUGGAGGAAGAUUCGCCGCCGACUUUGUCGCUGUCGUCUAUACUUUGCUCGCACCAGAAAUUGGUACUGCCCCCAGGACUGCUGGCAGCGCAACAUGGGAAUCUCGUGGAUGCCAGCUCAUUGGAGGUGGAGUUCGUGUCUCAGGAUGAAAUGCAGGCUCUUGCUGAGCGCUAUGGUGACCCCGAACUGCCGUUUUAUUAUGGCCUCCUCGUUACGAAUAUUGCGGCAUCUGGUGAAGAGCAGUCUCACGUGGUGUGGCGGCAGUGCUCGCUAGCAUCGCUGCAGUAUGGCCACGAGAAAGCUAUCAGUAUUGAAGGCUGCCCGGACGGUGUUGUGCCGUUGGUUUGUCAGGACGCAAACGAGGACGGUGUUAUGUGCGCUGAAUGCCAGGCCAGCUCCGAUCGAAGACAUCGCGACGAGCUUGAGAACUUUUCGAACCGCGUGGUGAACAUCCAGCAGCUAAAUGACGACGAGGCUGUCCCGACGAUCGCUGCCAACGCUACUGACACGGUGUAUAUGCUCAAGAACAAGAUCUUUGCUGAAAUCGAUGCGCUGCCCAUCCGCCAGCGACUGUACUACAAGGGCGAGAUGCUGCAAGAUCACCGCUCACUGAAGCAUUACGGAGUGAAAGCUGGAGACGCUGUCUUCAUGAGGCUGUCGGAAGACAACGCCGACGAUCUUGUAGUGGACGAGAGCCAGGAGCGUGAGGUCGGCUUCGCAGACUCGGUCUUCCUUUCGCACGCAUCGACGUCGGCUUCAGCUGCUGGGACGCAAAACGGAGUCACUCCAGACACGAGCGGUGACCGGGCCAUGGCCUUGGCUAUCGCCAACAGCCACGAAACGCGGGUGUGGGUGUGUCCUGCCUGCACGUUCGUCAACGACGAAGCGGAUGCCAUUUGCGAGAUGUGCUCGGGCUCGAAAUGA